AUGAAGAAUGCUCCUAGCAACUCGAUAUCCAACAAGAUGUCCAAAGGCCGUCAAAGAAUCCCCAUGGACCAACGUCGGGAGAAGGAAGAAGAUUGUUGGAUCACAUUUUCUAAACGUCGUAAUGGAUUGUACAAAAAGAUCAGUGACCUAAGCAUUGAUUGUGGUCUCUAUUUUAUCGCCAUGAUGUUCUCCCCAUCAGGGAAGCUCUACUCUUUCACUUCCCCAAACAUGGAGUCGAUUGCAAUGAGACUUCUCAACAAUCAAAAACUUCACAAUAGAGAUGAAAACGAAUUACUUAUGGAGGUCUCUUAUAGAUCAACAUUAGAUGAACUAACUCGUCAGUUUAUCGAGGUGAGCAAUCUUUUGGAUCAAGAGGAAGAGAGGGAAAAAAGAAUAGACACGAUGGUUAAGACACGCCAAAUGUUGUCGAUUAUCGACACUCCUAUUUCAGAUCUUAGUGAUGAUCAAAGCCAUUGGUACACUUCUCUAACUUCUUCUUCCACCACCACCAACAAAAACAAUGUGAUCUACAUCUACUCCAAUGUUGCCGAUGGCUUUUGCGCCUACCUUUCCAAAACCGAGCUCGAAUCCGUCAAGGCUUCACCCUCUUUCGUCUCGUCGUACCACGACAAACCUAUUAGUCUCCGAACUACUCACACAACCGAUUUUCUCUCGUUAAAUCGCAACAAUGGGUUAUGGCCAGCCUCCGACUACGGAGAAGGAGUUGUGGUCGGAAUUGUGGACACGGGAAUAUGGCCGGAAAGUCGGAGCUUUCACGACAACAUUACUCCCGUGCCCGAUAAGUGGAAAGGAAAAUGCGAGGAAGGAGAAGGUUUCAAUGCAUCCAUGUGCAAUUCUAAGUUAGUUUGUGCUAGGUCAUUCAACAAGGGUUUACUAUCCAUCAAGCCACAUACCAACCUAGGGCUUAACUCGGCUCGAGACGAGGAUGGACAUGGCACGCAUUGUGCUUCAACAGCAGCCGGCGGUUAUGUAGAUAAUGUGGAUUUCUUUGGAUAUGCCGAAGGAACGGCUCGUGGCAUGGCACCUCAUGCUAGGGUUGCUUCAUACAAGAUCUAUUGGGGAGUGGACGUUACGACAUGCGAUGUACUAGCUGCCAUCGACAAAGCGGUUGAAGAUGGUGUUGAUGUUUUGUCGCUCUCAUUUGGUGUAGAUACCGUCAUCCCAUUCUAUGAAAAUCCCAUUGCUAUUGCUACAUUCGCGGCUAUGGAGAAAGGUAUCGUUGUAGCUCAAGCCGGAGGGAACUCGGGGCCAGGCUUUUCAUCUAUAACCGAUGCAAUCCCGUGGACAAUAACAGUCGGUGCUGGGGACACCGAUUGUAGGUUCGCUGGCACAUUGAAACUAGGAAACAAUAUGACAAUCAUGGGAUGGACUACUUUUCCUCUUAGUGCAACUAUAGACAAGCUCCCACUAUUGUAUAACGAAACCAUAGCCUUAUGUGAUUCCGUAGAGUAUAUUAAUACAUUACCUCCAUCAACCGUGAUAAUAUGCGACAACACUAACAAUUGGCAAGAACAAUUCAAAAUAAUCGCAAAGUCGACCAUAGCCGCCGCCAUUUUUGUCAACGACGACCCCUUGUUGUAUGUUUUCUCAAAGUUUCCAUGGCCCGGAGUUGCAAUAACCUCAAACGAAGCUAUAUCGGUGAUUGAAUACGCAAAGACAAGAAACCAUGGUUCCAAUCCAAUAGCCAGCAUCAAGUUUAAGGAGACAGUCAUUGGAAUCAAGCCAGCUCCAAAAGUUGCAACCUACACAUCUCGAGGCCCUGCCAUGCCUUAUCCCGGUAUCUUAAAGCCAGAUUUGAUAGCACCCGGGACCUUAAUCCUAGCGGCGUAUACUCCCAAUAAGCCAAUAGCAAAAGUCGGAACUAACAUAAACCUAUCAAGUGACUACGUAAUAGUUUCCGGAACUUCAAUGGCUUGCCCUCAUGUGGCUGGCAUUGCAGCUCUCAUGCGUGGAGCUCACCCAACUUGGAGCCCCGCAGCCAUCCAAUCGGCUCUAAUGACUACCGCCAAUCCAUUGGACAAUACUAACAAUCCUAUCCAAGAUAACAUAUCAAAUGAUCUUCAAUAUGCUUCUCCACUCGCUAUGGGAUCCGGUCAUAUUGAUCCAAAUCGAGCCCUCGAUCCAGGUUUAGUCUAUGAUGCCACAGCUAGAGACUACGUCAAUGUCUUGUGUUAUUUGAACUAUACAAAAGAACAAAUCAUGACAUUGACUAGGACAAAGCGUUACAAUUGCACCGAGCCAUCACCAGAUGCGAACUAUCCAUCAUUUAUAGUUACAUAUAACGAUAAAUCGUCGUCAGUAGUAACAAUGACAUUUCAUAGGACUUUGACAAAUGUGGGAUUAGGCGGUGCUACAUACGAGGCUAAGGUGGUGGCACCUGAGGGCUCGAAGGCUGUAGUCCAUCCGACACAUCUCGUUUUUGAUAAGAAAUACGAUAAACAAAGUUAUAGCUUGAAGAUUGAGUGGAAGAAUGAAAAUAAGAGGAGCAAUGUUUCAAAUGGUGUGUUGAUUUGGAUUGAGCAAAAUGGAAAUCACACUGUUAGGAGCCCUAUUGUUAUAUCACCAGAAUUUAUUGCAUAA